GCUGGCGGGAGGUGGCUCGGCCGGGCUCCCCGCAGCCCGCCUGGGAACAGCGAGCUUUCCUUUCCCAGCUCCUCCUUUUCCAGCGGCGGAUCCCGCUGCUCCCGAUAUAAAAGAUACAUGGCUCCUGGUUCCUCAAAAGAGAAGAAAACUGAUGAUGGACAGGCUUCAAAAGAGAAUUUUAUUCAUCUCUGCAACCCUCACCUGGAGAAAAUGAAAGAAGACAUCCUGUACCAUUUUGCUCUUGGGACUGGUACCCAUGAUUUUCCAACAUUGUUUGGGGAUGUAAAGUUUGUGUGUGUUGGAGGGAGUCCUUCCCGGAUGAAAGCUUUUAUCGCCUACAUAGCGGAGGAGCUGGGGCUCGGGAGCCCUGGGUGUGACUACCCCAACAUCUGCGCGGGCACCGACCGCUACGCAAUGUACAAAGUGGGGCCUGUUUUAUCCGUCAGUCAUGGUAUGGGUAUUCCUUCUAUUUCAAUCAUGUUGCAUGAGCUGAUCAAACUGUUGUAUCAUGCCAAGUGUUCCGACAUAACCAUCAUUCGUAUCGGCACCUCUGGUGGAAUAGGUCUGGAGCCAGGCUCAGUGGUUAUAACUAGGCAGUCUGUAGAUGCCACCUUCAAACCUCAGUUGGAACAGGUUGUUCUAGGAAAGACAGUAAUUCGCAGCACUAACCUGGAUGAACAGCUGGCUAAGGAGCUGAUGCAGUGCAGUAAAGAAAUCGGUCAAUUCAAUACAGUCAUUGGAAACACCAUGUGCACUUUGGAUUUCUAUGAAGGACAGGGCAGGUUGGAUGGUGCAAUCUGCUUAUAUGAUGAAGAAGAAAAAUUGCAAUAUUUGAAGAAUGCAUAUGAGUCUGGUGUCAGAAACAUUGAAAUGGAGUCUUCUGUAUUUGCUGCAAUGUGUAAUCUCAGCGGUGUCAAAGCUGCUGUAGUGUGUGUCACUCUUCUGAAUCGGCUCGAAGGGGAUCAGAUCAGCAGCUCACAUGAUGUCCUUGUGGAGUACCAGCAGAGGCCACAGAAGUUAGUGGGCUAUUUCAUUAAGAAAAGUCUUGGGAAAGUAUGAAAUCUCUGUCUCGUAUUUUAGGGAAGGAGAAGGCCUUUAUACAGAUCCAGUCACGGUUAUGACUUCUGUGCAUUACAGGUCUUUUGCCUCAGAAUACCUUACAGCAUUCCAUUUGUCAGUGGAAAUUAAUCAUUCAUAUCACUGUUCCUUGGGAACUGAAUGUGCUGAAUGGACUUCAGUUAAGUUUUGCUUAGUUAUGCAUUGCUGGAUAUAAAACUCACUUUUCUGUGAACUGGACAGUGGAUCUGUUGUGAAGGACAAGCCUGUGAUAAUACAUGUAAAAGCUUUAUUUAUCCCUGCUGUAAAAGAAAUACUAGAGAGAAAAUCAAACUUUAUUGCCAAGUACAUGCAUACCAGCAAAUUAACUUAAAAAUGAGAAUAAUUUCCUUGUUAUUAUAAAAAAAAAAUUAUGUAAGUUAUAAUUGUCUUUGUUGCUUCACUUGUAAAAACUAAAAGUGAAUGCAGUUUAUUUUUUUGCAGACUUUGACAAA